AUGAGUGAGAUCAACUUUGUCAAUAGAACUAUUGAGAUGGAUAGAGGAUUAUCAUACCAGAGAAAUAGUAGUUCAAGUCCGGAAGGAAAGAACAGCGAGGAGAAUGGAAUGGGAACGGAGAUUAGACAUAACGGAGUCGGAGAGGGGGCGUCCAAACCGAAAAAGAAGAGAAAAACAACCAACAGAGCGUGUGACGCGUGUGCAAUAAGAAAAGUGAAGUGUGAGCAGAAUAGACCUUGUUCACACUGUGUUAGUAAUAAUUUGAACUGUACGCAAUUGAGGGAAAGGAAGAAGAGUGGACCGAAAACACUUCACAAAAAGACACUCGAUAGUAUCAACAGUUUUUCGGAGAAAAACGGUCCUGAGAUGGCUGUACGGCCAUCUUUGUCGCAUCACUCGACUUCAAGCUCGAAUACAUUGACGACAGUCCAAGAGUUGAUUGCGGCUAACCAUGCAGAUCACCCCGUGGAGUCGGUGCCCCAGAACUUGACCAACGAAAGUGUAGAUAUGAGGCGAAAUCGGAAUACUUUGACGGCCAGUCGCCUUGUCAACAUAUUACGCUUAAUAGAGGACCCUGUGAUGUAUAAAUGCUUGCAAAACUUGACAGUGCACUCUUUAUUAACUAGUUAUGAAAAGUCAAUCGAGUUUGUGCAGGCACAAUUUGCCAACACCAACGGUGAAUUGGUUAUUCAAUCGACAGACUUGAUGAUAUUAUCGAGGUUGCUAAUUAUAUUCACUUUGAAUUUAUUGAUAGUUGAAAAUUUAAUCAAGUUUCUGUCUGUUGGCUAUGAAACACAGUUUAUGGACGGAGAUAUCGAACUGUAUAAGUCUUUGAAGGGUUUAUUGCAGUUGAAGAUCACCGAAGUGCUGUUGCCAAUAGAACAGUUGUCAUUUUUUCCGGGUUGCUCAACUGUGCAACAAAUGCAUAUUUCGCAACAACUUUACUAUAAUCAGUCGAUAUCUGCGUUACACUUGUGCAACUUCCACCAGAUUACAAACUAUUUGAACACUCAAAAUCAGAACCAGCAAAAGUUAAUCUACCUAAGAAAGUCAAUUACAUUCUAUCAGUUAAUUAAUCUCCCCUUUAAAAGUACGGCAGAACUCACAGAUGUACAACUAUACGAAUUGUACGAAUCUUUAUUUACCAUGGAGAGUUUAUACUUUUUUUUGUCGUCAGACUUUAUUAUUAAAAGUAAUAAUGUAUUGUUAAAUGAAUGGAAUAAUUAUAACUUCAGUCAUAUUCAAUUUCACAAAAAAUCAUCUGAUGGUAAUUCACUAUUUGAAAUAUUCAAAAUCAUCAAUAAAGAAGACUUGAUUAAUUCAAAAUCAAUCAAUUACCUAUUCAAAUUUUCCAUCUUCAAUACCAAUAAAAAUUCAAAUAUCAAAAACAUUAAGAAAAUCAAUGACAAUAAAACAAUCGGCAAUACGUCUUAUAUUCAAUUCAAGCAAUUUUUGAAUAGCUUAUCAAAUGAGGAUUUCAUGUUUGAAAUUUUAAAGUAUAUUAUCUUAUUCAAAAUUAUAAUUAUUCAUUGCAAUGAAUUAAAUUUUAUGCAUUUAAAGUGUGAAUUAAUCGAGUCAGUCAUCAAUUUGAAUAAUCUCUUAGACUUUAAGGAUAACAAUUUAUAUUUGCAAAUCAGUAAUUAUCAAUUAUUACCGCAUUUGAUGCAAGUAUUGAAAUUUAAUAUCGAAAUUGACGAAAACCAUUUAAAGGAAAAUCAAAUGGUUCUCAUGAAAUUUACAAAGAAUUUGAUUGAACUCUUCCCAUUUUGCAACAAGAACAUUAGAGACCUUAUUUCAUGCUACGAUGGUUUAAGAAAUUGGUUCAAUAAUUUGAGUAAACUUUCAAAUGAAAUGAAGCAAGAUGGCAAUGUCAGCGAAAAGGACCAGUUUUUACUCAAUGAUAUUUUGAAUGAAUUCGACUCGAAAAUGAUUCACUCAACGGAAGCAACGAACCCAAAUUCAACCUUCAUCACCAACUGCCCAAGCCCUAGGAAUUUGUUAGAAGAUUUCGAUUUAUCCAAUUCGAACGCAUCUAAUGGGAUUGAUAGUCCUGCAAAAAAUGCUCCAAAUGCUCCAGUAACUCUAAUGACCGGACCAGAUGAUCAGACCCGAAAUACACUCAACAGUUCAAGCAGUCUUCAUCUGCUUCUCAAUCCAUUGCAGUCCUUACCAGCAAAGCCAGUUGUAACAACCGCUGCAGCAACCACCGGUAGAAAUGAAGAUUUAAGUGAAUUGAUUUCCCUAUCAUUAUCUGAAAGUGCCAAAAACUUAUGCAACACAUUUCACCAGUUUGGUGACGAAUUCUCCCACAAUAACGAAAAUAGUAAUAGUUUGAGCAAUUUGUUUCAAUUUAACUCCGCUUCCCGUACAGCAGAUUGGUCUGUGGGUAACGAAGAAAUGAAAUCUCAGCCAAACUUUUUACUUUGA